AUGCUCAACCGACUGAACCUACUGACUCGACACUUCCCACGUCAAUUUAGUCCCUAUCGUCCAACCAGUCCCUCCUUCUCGACCCCGUCCCUGGCCCCUCGCUCAGGUCCGUUCGCGAUGACAUCAGCCGCGCUCAAGCCCAUUCACACGGCAGCAUGCCUCAUUAUCGGUGAUGAGGUUCUCGGUGGAAAGACCAUCGACACCAACUCGCCCUACCUAGCCAAGUUCUGCUUCUCGCUCGGCAUCGAACUGAAGCGAGUCGAGGUCGUCCCCGAUGACGAGGAGGAUAUAAUCGAAGCCAUACGACGCAUGAGCUCCCGCUAUGACUUUGUCGUUACCAGCGGCGGCAUUGGGCCCACACACGAUGAUAUCACAUACUCUUCAAUCGCUAAGGCAUUCGAUCUGAAGUUGGCAUUGCACAAGCCGGCCUUCGAGCGCAUGAAGCGCCUCUCCAAACCUCACCCUAUGCAACUCAACUUCGACUGGGAGAAACCUUCACCAGGCCUGACCGCCAAGCUACGCAUGGUCGAGCUACCCUUCGACCCCAAGGUCUCCGCCGAGUCACAGGCCCUGUUCGUCGCGGACGACUUGUGGGUGCCGGUCGCGGUGGUGAACGGCAAUGUGCACAUCCUGCCCGGCGUGCCGCGGCUUUUCGAGCGUCUGCUCCAGAAUUUGAAGCCUUACCUUGUUCCCCGCUUGACGAACCCGGAUGGUAAGGGAACAUUCCGCUUGAUGGUCAGCACGCCGUUGCCUGAGAGUGCGGUGGCGCCAUACCUGACUGAGCUUGCCGCUAAGGUUGAGCCUCGGGGGAUCAAGGUUGGCAGCUAUCCGCGUUGGGGUAAAAAGCGCAAUACUGUUACUUUGGUCGGGGCGGAUAAGGCAUACAUGGAGUCGUUGGUCAGGGAGGUCGAGGAGAAUGUUCAGGGCAAGCUGGUUACCAAGGAGAAUGAGUUGGAUGUUCCGUCCGACUCGGACCAAGUUUUCAGUCAGUAG